GAAGCGGAGAGAGAUGUAGGCUGACCAGUGACUCCGAACCCCAGGCAGCGAGGAGGGGGCAAAACUGGGGAUAAAAACGUGGAGGUUCCCCAGCCUGCCGUGCUGUCCCCCACCAGUCUUGAAAAAUGGCACCGGCUACCCCAAGAGAAGCAGGAGUGUGGAGACAAACCCGAGCUCUCUUGUUCAAGAACUGUCUUAUUAAGUGCAGGACUAAAAAAAGCAGCGUUCAGGAGGUCCUUUUCCCACUCUUCUUCUUGUUCUGGCUGAUUUUGAUGAGCAUGAUGCAUCCGCACAGGAAAUACAGCGAGGUCGCCAACACCAACCUCGGCACGCUGGAUACCUCCAUGCUGGUGAAUUUUGUCAUCGGGUACACACCGCCCACCCGAAUGGCACGAGAAAUCAUGAAGAAAGUGGCUUUUGAUAACUUCGAAGAUGGCAUCAUCACAGAGGAGUAUUUAAGCGAAGAGGAGCUGCAAGAGGCUAGCGCUUCGAAACCCUCCAACUUCGUGGGGGUUGUCUUCAACGAUGCCAUGUCCUACCAGCUGAGGUUUCCCGAUUCGGUCGCGAUGUCUUCUAUUUAUAUGGAAUCCAGAGCCAGUUGCUCCAACCUGCGGAAAGGAUGUGAAUCGGUAACGUACUGGAGCUCGGGGUUUACGGCUCUGCAAGCCUGCAUCGAUGCUGCCAUCAUACAGCUGAAGACUAAUCAAUCGGUUUGGGAACAACUUGAAUUGACAAGAGCAAUGGUCAUGGGAGAGGCUGCCGUGGUGGAAAUAGAUAAUUUUCCUCGUGCCAUCAUUUUAAUUUACCUAGUGAUCGCUUUCUCACCGUUCGGGUAUUAUUUGGCCAUUCAUAUUGUGGCAGAAAAGGAGAGGAAGUUGAAGGAAUUCUUAAAAAUAUUGGGACUUCAUGACACCGCCUUUUGGCUUUCUUGGGUGCUGCUCUACAUGAGCCUGAUUUUUGUCAUGUCCAUUCUCAUGGCGGUGAUUGCGACGGCCUCUUCCCUCUUUCCCCAGAGCAGUGCCUUUGUGAUAUUUCUCCUCUUUUUCCUGUAUGGAAUCUCUUCAGUUUUCUUUGCACUUAUGCUGACGCCUCUAUUUAAAAAGUCAAAGCACGUGGGUAUAGUGGAGUUCUUGGCAACGCUGGCUUUUGGUUUUGUGGGCCUUAAUAUCGUCCUGCUGGAAGAUUUCCCCAAGUCUUUCGUGUGGAUUCUCAGCCCCUUGUGUCAGUGCAGCUUCUUGAUCGGCGUCGCACAGGUCAUGCAUCUGGAAGAUUAUGAAGAUGGUGCAACGUUUUCAAAUCUAAAUCGCGGUCCCUACCCGCUCUUUAUCUCUCUUAUUUUGUUGGUGCUGGAUAGCAUAUUUUAUCUGCUGGUCGCUGUCUACCUUGAUCAGGUUAUCCCAGGGGAGUUUGGACUACGUCGCACGCCGUUCUUCUUUAUGAAGCCCUCGUUUUGGGCAAAGCGCAGAAAAAAUUACAAGGAGCUGUAUGAGAGCAGCAUCAAUGGCAGUUUGAGUUUCAGCGAGAUAGUUGAACCCAUGCCUUCCGAAUUUCAGGGGAAAGAAGCCAUCAGAAUCAGCUGUGUUCAGAAAACAUUCAGGAAAAAGGGAGAAACUGUGGAGGCUCUCAGAAAUUUAUCCUUCGACAUCUACGAGGGUCAGAUCACGGCUCUGCUCGGGCACAGCGGGACUGGGAAGACGACGCUGAUGAACAUCCUUUGCGGGCUGUGUCCGCCCACGGAUGGGUUCGUCUCUGUCUAUGGGCACAAAGUUUCUGAAAUCGAUGAAAUGCUUGAAGUGCGGCAAAUAGCAGGCGUGUGCCCCCAGUCUGACAUCCACUUCGAUAUAUUGACCGUGGAGGAGAAUCUCUCCAUAUUUGCUGCGAUUAAAGGAAUCCCGCAGAACGAUUUGAUACAAGAGGUGCAGAAGGUGUUGUUAGAUUUGGAUAUGCAGCCUAUCAGAGACAACCAAGCGAAAAAAUUAAGUGGGGGGCAGAAGAGGCGGCUGUCGGUGGGCGUUGCUGUUCUCGGGAACCCAAAGGUUUUGCUGCUGGAUGAGCCGACUGCGGGAAUGGAUCCGUGCUCGCGGCACAUCGUCUGGAACCUCCUGAAAAACAGAAGAGCGAAUCGCGUGACGGUUUUCAGUACCCACUUCAUGGACGAGGCCGAUAUCCUCGCCGAUCGUAAAGCUGUGAUUUCUCAAGGGAUGUUAAAAUGCCUCGGAUCUUCUCUCUUCCUCAAAAGCAAAUGGGGGAUUGGCUACCGCUUGAGCAUGCACAUCGAUGCCUAUUGCAACACGGAAGCUACGACCUUGCUGAUAAGGCAGCACAUCCCUGCAGCCAGCCUGAUCCAGGAGAACGCCGAGCAGCUCGUGUACACCCUGCCGCUCAAGGACAUGGACAAGUUUGCAGGCUUGUUUUCUGACCUCGACACUCAUUCCCAUUUGGGCGUUAUCACCUAUGGCGUUUCCAUGACGACGCUGGAGGAUGUCUAUCUGAAGCUGGAAGUUGAGGCGGAGAUCGAUCAAGCAGAUUAUAGCGUGUUCAGUUCCCAGCAAGUGCAGGAUGAAAUGGAUACCAAAUCCCUCGACGAUAUGGAGCAGAGCCUCCUGAUGCUCUCGGAGACGAAGGCGCCAGCGAUGAGCAAUACAGCCCUCUGGAAGAAGCAGGUUGCCACCAUAGCAAAAGUUCACUUUCUCAGCCUCAAGCGGGAAAACAAAUGCGUGCGAGUUAUGUUGUUGCUUUUUCUCAUUUUUCUUGUCGUUCAGAUUUUGUUGUUUUUCAUACACCACAUCAUCAAAAAUUCUGUAGCUGCUAUCAAACUUUCCCCAGAUUUGUACUUGCUGAAGCCCGGAGAGGACUAUCACAAGUACAGGAGCCGCCUCCUGCUGCAGAACUCCACAGAAUCGGAUAUCGAUGACAUUGUCCGCUCUCUUGGGAGCAUGAACAUACUCCUGGAGAUGUUCAAUGACAGCGAUUACGUCUCAGCUGCACCUCACAGCGCAGCUUUAAACGUGUUUGACCUUGAAUCCAGGCAGAACUAUGUUUUCACGGUCAUAUUCAACAGUACCAUGGUGCACUCCCUGCCAGUUUUGAUGAAUAUUGUCAGCAAUCUGCUUCUGCGCAAUUUAAACGUGACGGAGAGCAUUCAGAUCUGGAGCAACCCCUUCGUUCAGAAUCUUCCAGACACAAUUUUCAGACUAGAGAUCUAUUUUGAAGCUGUGUUGCUGGGAAUCAUUAUUACUGGAAUGCCACCCUAUUUUGCCAUGGACAAUGCAGAAAACCAUAAGAUCAAAGCGUACACGCAGCUGAAGAUAGCGGGGCUUUAUCCCUCCGCUUACUGGACCGGGCAAGCCGUCGUUGACCUCCCGCUGUUUUUCUCCAUCCUUGUCCUGAUGAUAGGCAGCCUCUUCGCCUUUCACUACGGCGUUUAUUUCUACGUCGGCAAGUUCCUUGCUGUGAUUUUUUGCCUGAUCGGUUAUGUCCCCUCCGUCGUGCUCUUCACUUACGUGGUCUCCUUCACAUUUAAAAAAGUCCAGAACACAAAAGAAUUUUGGUCGUUUAUAUUUUCAGUGACAGCCUUGCUCUGUACGGUUGUCACCGAAGUGGCCUUUUUUCUGGACUAUUACCUGGUAACCACCAUCCUGCAUUAUGUCUUCUCCAUCUUCAUUCCUAUUUACCCCCUUAUUGGCUGCCUGAUUUGUUUUAUAAAGGUCUCAUGGAAAGGCAAGCGAAAGGAUGGAGGAUACUACGACCCGUGGGACCGGCUCCUGGUAGCAGUUAUAGCUCCCUAUUUGCAGUGUGUCGUCUGGCUCUUCCUGCUGCGAUGUUUCGAGCUGAAGAAUGGGGGGAGGACAGUUAGAGAGGAUCCAUUUUUCAGAAAAUGUUUUACAAAAGCCAAAACCUGGAAGUUCCCCGACGUCCCGCGUGAUGAGAACGAAGAUGGAGACGUGAAGGCGGAGAGGCUGCGCGUCCAAGAAAUAUUGAGCGGCCCCAAGAGCGAGGAGAUGCCAGCAAUCCUGGUCAGCAGCUUGCACAAAGAAUUCGAUGAAAGGAAGGAAUUUCUUCUGGGGAGAAAAAUAAAGAAAGUGGCAACAAAACACGUUUCUCUCUGCGUAAAAAAAGGAGAAAUCCUGGGUUUGUUAGGACCCAACGGGGCUGGGAAAAGCACGUUAAUUAAUAUGCUCGUCGGAGAGAUUGAGCCAACCAGCGGGCAGGUUCUGAUGGGAGAUUAUUCCUUUGGCCUGAACAGCGACGAGGACUCCGUGAAAUUUGUGGGGUACUGUCCUCAAACAAACCCGCUUUGGCCAGAUAUUACAUUGCAGGAACACUUUGAAAUUUAUGGCGCUAUCAAAGGAAUGAGUCAGUCUGAUGUUAAGGAAGUCAUAAAACGCAUCGCAAGCGCCCUGGAUUUAAAAGACCACCUGCAGAAGACAACGAAGAAGCUGGGCGUAGGGCUGAAACGCAAGCUGUGCUUUGCCCUGAGUAUGCUGGGCAACCCGCAGGUCACGCUCUUGGAUGAACCGUCGACCGGGAUGGAUCCAAAAGCCAAGCAGCACAUGUGGCGGGCAAUUCGAGCAGCAUUUAAGAAUAAGGAGAGAGCGGCUAUCCUGACCACUCACUACAUGGAAGAGGCGGAUGCUGUCUGUGACCGCGUGGCCAUCCUGGUGUCUGGGCAGCUCAGGUGUAUAGGUACUGUCCAACACCUGAAGAGUAAGUUUGGCAGAGGAUACUUCUUGGAAAUGAAAUUAAAAGAAACGGCAGAUGUACAACAGGUGGAGUAUCUGCAGAGGCAGAUUGUGCACAUCUUCCCAAACGCGAAUCGUCAGGAAAGUUUUGCUUCUAUUUUGGCGUAUAAAAUUCCUAAAGAAGAUGUACAGUCGCUUUCGCAUUCUUUUUCCAAGCUGGAAGAAGUAAAGCACGCCUUUAACAUCGAGGAGUACAGCUUUUCUCAGGCGACACUGGAACAGGUUUUUGUGGAGCUGGCUAAAGAGCAGGAGGAGGAGGACAGCAGCUUUGGCACCCUGAACAGCACCCUGUGGUGGGAGAGGACGCAGGAGGACCGAGUUGUUUUCUGAGCUCCUUACGCUCCAGAUCUGCUCGGCAGCUCCUGGUUUUGUGCAAGCGAAGAUCCUCCGGGUGCGUGCUGGGGGCGCGUGCGUGGAAAACGUUGGAGCUGGGAUGGACGAGGAAAAUUCGUAUUUGGAAGCACGGAGCAUGUUCCUUCCACCGUCCUGGCUUUAGGGAUAAUGCCGCAAUAGCGGUGGAAGCGGUGAGCGUCCCCAUGGUGACUCUGGCUGUUCUGAAAUCCCUUCUCCCCUCGCUGCUGGCCGGUUUGCGUUGAGCGAGAAGACGCCGCCUCGACAGCCGGUCAGCUCCUGGUGUUGGUUGGUUGUGCUGGGAGCACCCACCUGGCUCCCUUGGCCAUGCCGCACCGGAAUCUGGGCUGGCUGCCUGGGGUUGGGCUGUCCUUCCUGGAAAUCGUGUGGUUGAGCAAAACCAGCUCCCACUGGAGCAUCCUGUCCCGCGGGACCCGCUCGCUGGUUCGCAGGGUCUUGCCAUGCCCCAUGCCCACGGUUGGGCAUCGCUGCCUGCCCGACGAGGCGCCGUGCAGACGCGUGGCCCUGCAAGGUCCUGCUCCCCUGCCGGCUGAUCCAUCCCUGCUUACGCUUAGAAGAUGCACCUGCUUGGAAGAGAGGGGAAAAAACCACUCCAAAGUAACUGUGUUCACUGCAAAAGAGGGUCCUGAAUUACACUGCGAGCUUAGCUUGGUAUCCAGCCAACGUGAAAAUGCUCAUUUACAGAUAUAACAUAUGGCACUCGUUGACACUUGGGUUUCUUUCCACCGCAGGUUGGCAGAUGUGGCUAACCCGUGCUGGGUGGCGCUGAUGUCUGGGAUGCAUGCGCUGUAGGGUUACAGGGGGUGUACAGAAGUCGAUGCUUUCUUUCCCCCGCUUGGUAAAAAGUACAAAGACAUAACUGUGUAGUUACGGGGUUUGCAGAGAUGUCGGUAUUUCUCGUCGUCAUUAAAAACAGCCUGAUUUCUUUCGCUGGGUGUAACGACCUGUGUCCUGCCAGCUGGUUUUAGAGACCAGAGCCCAGUUUAGAUGUUUUCAUUUUUCUUGACAGUGAAUUUGUAAGUACGUGCAACAGCAUUUCCUAACCUGUCCUUGUGAUAGUGGUAACGCAGCAGCGUGCUCGGCACAGGAACGUUUGCUUUGUGCUGGCCUGGCAAUUUUUCAUUCACCUUCGUAACCCCCCAAAAUUAAAAUCCAAAUUCACGACCUCGUCAGUAGGAAUUGGUGCCUUUGGUUUGCGUAGAAGCACGUGGAAGAGCAGAAUACGUGAUCCUUUAUCCUAAGAUAUGACAGAUGUAUGUUGAAAAAUGUAUUAUUUUUUUGUUUUUUCUACACAAAGUUAUCAUCACCUUUUUAGUUUUAUAAGGUGAAAUUAAAGAUUGCUAACAGUUCAUUGUGUUCUGCAGUGAGCAAAUACAGAGGUGCAUUUAUAUGGAAGCAUUGGCUUCAUAAGUCAUAGAAAUUGUGUAUCUUCAUACUAAAGUUAGAAAAUAUCUUAUUUUUCUUGUGACAACUCAAAAAAACGGUGGGUUAUGGUGGAGUUCUGUGUCCCAACUGUUUGUAAUUAUCAGGCAAUAAUGCAUGGUGUAGGUCUGGCAACGGUUUAUCAUCACGUUGAGCCAAAAUCUGCUUUCCUUAGUUUUUCACUCUGUUACGGGGAGAUGUGAACUCUUCAUGUACAUAUAGAUUCUGUACCCAUAGAUUGCAUAUAAACAUCCAGAUUUUGGUUUGGAGUUAAAAUUUGAGCCCAAGAACUUCAGGAACACCUGGACAUCCCGUUUGCUUCUCCAGGGGAAGGUCCCUUCCCCUCGGGAGCGCAGCCCGUGCAUCUGCCCGUUCUGAUGAGCCCUGAGCCGUGGUGCUUGCAUACGGCUGGAAACGGAACAGGGGUAAAGAACGGGAUUACAGCACCAGCAUCUGAACUGCAGCUCCAGUAGCGACCUUUCUAGGGCUGAAGCUUCCCUGCAAGAAGAGAAAAACGACCCCAAUUCAGCUCUUUUGUUUAUGCAGCCUUUUAUUUCGCCCCGGGAGCCCCCCUGCCCAUUGCUCCCAGCUGCAUCCCUGCUGCUGGCCAGUGCCACCGAGCAUUUUCCUUUAUUUAGAGCAAAAGUAGGAUCCAGAAUUUUGUCUCGAUGCUUUCCCAUGUCUGUAUGUACACGCUUAAGUGCAUCUCCCCCAAAUCCCAUGUUUCUUACUUCCAUGUCUUCUUGUAAAUGGGUUUUCAGCUGAGUGUCGCCUGCACAUCUGUCCAGCAAGGGUACAGCAUCUUUCCACGGGAGCUCCGGGAAGUAGAGUUGUGACCUGUGAGCCUUGGUGUCUUAGUUUUCUUCUUUAACUUAGAGUUAAUAGUCCGUGAAGUAGUUUGAUGCUGUCUGGAUGGCAUCACCCUAUUUCAGAUAGUUUCUUAUCUUCUAAUGUUCCAAAUGGAUCAUCUGAAAGCCUUCGUUAGCAUCUGGAUUUUCUCAGCUUGCUACUGUUCUUGUUUACCCUGGAGUAACCUGGUUGAUGGUGGCACUGUAUUUCUGCAGUUCCACGUACAAAAGAUUUGGCUCCUUAAGUUAACUGCAUAUUUGGGUGGGAUCUUUUUGGCGUCGUGACAUCAUGUGUCAGCGUGGCAUCAGGUGCCACCCCAAAAGGUCACUGUAAUCAGAACGCAUUGUAACCAGAAGUCCUUCAAAGCGUCAUAUGAAGUCUGUAAUUGCCAGAAUAGGGAAAAAACACAUGCAAAAUUAAACCAGAGAAUCCCCUGGAAACGUGAGCGCUUUGUUCCCGCGAUUCAGCUCCAUUCCAUUAUUCCCUGUGUCUGGCUGUUAGCGGUGACCUGCCAAAUCCCAGCACCCAGCGGGUGCUCUAGGAGUUAACCUGGAGCCAAGGCAGCUGGAUUCGGGCUGACUGUGGGACCUGCAAAUCAGUUUGGUUUGUGCCACUGUUCCCAGUUACAAAGGUUUUAGUUAUUUCGUAGAGUUGUUGUGAGAAAUAUUAGCUAGUAUAUCCGAAACUGGGAAGGUACGUUUACUUUAUGGUGUUAUUUUAAGGUUGUAUUUUUCUAGGGAGGAAUUUAAUGCGUCUGAUUUUUGUUUACAUUACCAAGAAAAGCCUUUAUUUAAAAACAUCUCGGUGUGGUGAGUGAAGUCCGUUGCGUAGCCGACAUCCAGUACUCUGCCAGCAGAAGCAGAAGGCAUCAGGUCUGA